CCAGAGCCCGGACCAGGCCGGGGUCCGGGACCGCAGGGCCGGGCUGCUCGUAGCGGCGGCAACGGAGCCCCCCAGCGGCUGAGGGGCUUCCUCCCAGUUCUGCCGGUGGCCGGGACUCAGCAAGCCCCCGCAGCCGGGGAGAGCGGGGAUCCCCCCCACCACAUCCAGGACCCAGAGACCCCCCCCCCAAGAAACCGGGAGACCCCUCCAGAUCCAACACAGAGCUACUCCCCAGCUGGGGAAAGCGGAGACUUCCUCCGUAUUCAGAAGACAGUGACCUCCCUACGGUACGGCUAAGACUCCCCCUCUUCAAUCUGGGCCCCCCCAAGACCUAGAACGCAGUGACCCCCUCGUCCGGGAUUGCUGGGACCCCCUGUCAAGAACCUGGUCAUUACAACUCCACACCUCAAGACACGAAGACCCAGCUCAGAACGUCCCUAGAUCAGGGGGUUCCUAGAUCCCCCCAAUUCCGGUACACAGGAACCCCAAAUCUAGGGAACCGAGGACAGCAAGAGCUAUCCCUCACCAGCAAGAGGCCUCGGGGCCCCCCUCAAAGCUCCGGGACCCUGGCGACUGAGCCCCUCGCCGCGCCCUGCGCAUCCCAGCCCAUGGUUGUGGCGCCCUGAGCCCCCCCCGGGCCGGGCUGACGGAAACCGAGACGGCGCCCAGGCCCCCUGCCGCGGCGUCCCCGCGGCCCCAGCCCAGGGAGAAGAUGAGCGUGGGCUGCCCGGAGCCCGAGCCACCCCGCUCCCUGCCCUGCUGUGGGCCGGGGGCCGCCCCUGGGCUGGGUGCAGGCGUGCCGCUCCUCACUGAAGACAUGCAGGCACUGACCCUCCGCACGCUAGCAGCUAGCGAUGUCACCAAGCACUACGAACUCGUCCGGGAGCUGGGCAAGGGCACCUAUGGGAAGGUCGACCUGGUGGCCUACAAGGGCACGGGCACGAAGAUGGCACUGAAGUUUGUGAACAAGAGCAAGACCAAGCUGAAGAACUUCCUGCGGGAGGUGAGCAUCACCAACAGCCUCUCCUCCAGCCCCUUCAUCAUCAAGGUCUUUGACGUGGUCUUUGAGACUGAGGACUGCUAUGUCUUCGCCCAAGAGUAUGCGCCCGCCGGGGACCUGUUUGACAUCAUUCCUCCUCAGGUGGGGCUGCCCGAGGACACCGUGAAGCGCUGCGUGCAGCAGCUGGGGCUGGCGCUGGACUUCAUGCACGGGCGGCAGCUGGUGCACCGCGACAUCAAGCCCGAGAACGUGCUGCUGUUCGACCGCGAGUGCCGCCGCGUGAAGCUGGCGGACUUCGGCAUGACGCGCCGCGUGGGCUGCCGCGUGAAGCGCGUCAGCGGCACCAUCCCGUACACGGCGCCCGAGGUGUGCCAGGCGGGCCGCGCCGACGGCUUCGCGGUGGACACGGGCGUGGACGUGUGGGCUUUCGGCGUGCUCAUCUUCUGCGUGCUCACCGGCAACUUCCCGUGGGAGGCGGCGUCGGGCGCGGACGCCUUCUUCGAGGAGUUCGUGCGCUGGCAGCGGGGCCGCCUGCCGGGGCUGCCGUCGCAGUGGCGCCGCUUCACCGAGCCCGCGCUGCGCAUGUUCCAGCGCCUGCUGGCCCUGGAGCCCGAGCGCCGCGGGCCGGCCAAGGAGGUCUUCCGCUUCCUCAAGCACGAGCUCACGUCCGAGCUGCGGCGCCGGCCCUCGCACCGCGCGCGCAAGCCCGCCGGGGACCGCGCGCCCGCCGCCGGGCCGCUGCGCCUCGAGGCGCCCGGGCCGCUCAAGCGGACGGUGCUGACCGAGAGCGGCAGCGGCUCCCGGCCCGCGCCCCCCGCCGUCGGGCCCGCGCCCGUGCCCGUGCCCGUGCCGGUGCCCGUGCCGGUGCCCGUGCCCGAGGCCGGCCUGGCGCCCCCGGGGCCCCCCGGCAGGACCGACGGCCGCCCGGACAAGAGCAAAGGGCAGGUGGUGCUGGCCACGGCCAUCGAGAUCUGCGUCUGAGCCGCCCCCGCCGCCCUCGGGCCGGGGCGCCGCGCUCGCACCGGGCCGGGCGGCCGCCGCCGGGAGCCGCCCCGAGCC